UUCUAAUAUACAACUCAAUAAAUUAAAGCUGCACUAAUCAAUAUUUGUACUAAAAAUAAUAGUAAUACAAUAGUAAUGUGAAAAGUCCCCUCAGGAGCUGGUGGAGACUAAAUAACAGGAGAUUGAAUGUUGAACUCCAGGGGCCCAAAAAGAUCCAGGCUUACAAAGUGUCAACUGCUUUGUGCUAAUUUAACUGAACAUGUAUUAAGGGUUAUGCAGCCAUUACAAUAUCAGGUGACAUAAUUGGGACCUUAAGGUGGGUCCUGCUUUAUUACCUGAUCUUGAGGUCCUGUCUUGAAGAGGGUCCUCUACUUUCAGGACCAUCAUUAUUUCAGUUUUGUGCUUAUAUUCCUAAAAUGCAAAUUCCUAAAUGAAUGUCUUUCCAAAUGACUACCAGCUAGUACUGUAGCAUAAAAAACUGUAUACAUUGCACAAAGAGUGCACUCAAAAGCAACACUGAUGAGUAAUAACACAGUGCAUAGAGCACCUUUCUGUAUAAGAUGUAGCCGAUAUACAAAUACACAACAGAUAAUAAUUUUGAUAUAAUUUUUGUCAUUAGGAAUUGAAGACCUUUUUUCUUCUAAUUAGGUUAGGCCCAUUGUUAGGCGAUACAAGGGGCUUCAAACAUAACCAGUGCAUGUGAAGGCAUCACUUUGGCCUCUUGGAGCUGCUGAUGGGAAUUUGUGUUUAUUGUUGUAAUUUACAGACUAAAUAAUUGAUUGAAAAACGAACUAAUAAAGAAGUGAAAUCACUGUUGUCAAAAGCAGAUGUAGGCCUUUUGAAGCAGCUGCAGCCUAGUCCAUUCCAUCAGGGCCCCUGCCUUUCUUUGCGCAUGUCUCUUUCUCUCCACCUUUCCAAGCAUCAAGAAGGAAGAAAAGCGGAGAAAGGGAGGCGACCGCACAAAUACAAUGCUCUCAGAAACUGGAAACGACAAUCCGAAGGCCGACUAUCUAUCCGAAGCGAGCUUUUGCCCGGACUCCCCCGUCUCCUCUUCUCCGCAAUCUGGGCAGCUGAGUAGGAGGCGGGACACCCAGACCACCAGCGGCAGCAUCAUCCCGGAGGAGAGCGGUAGCAUCCAGCCCCUGGUCUCCUCAACCGCGGCCGCCUGCAUAAUGACAUCGGGGGAGUUCAUGCAGACCGCUCCCCUGCUGGGGUACAAAUCCAAGAGGAGCCUGUUGUACAAGGCGCUCUGCUUCCUCCUCCUCAUCUUCCAAGGCGGCAUUCUGGACUUCUACCUCAUCAUUUUUACCGACCUGUACUGGUGCUCGUGGAUAGCCACGGACCUGGUGGUGAUCUCGGGCUGGGGGAUUUUCUUCAUGAAGAACGCGCGGAGCAAGAGGGAGCGGGCCUGCGGCUUCCACCAGAAGAGCUCCAUCUUCGGCUGCAACCUCGGGGAGUUCACGUACGCCUACCUGGCCUGGCUCAUCUAUGUCAUUGCCUGCACUCCGAAGGUGGUGCUCAUCCUGGAGACAUCCAUCCUGGACCUGAUCGCGCUCAAGGUCCCGUGCGGAGUGACCGGCUUCAAGAUCAUCAUGCUGCUGUCCGCACCGCUGCUCUUCUGCCUCAUCAACUCCAUCAUCGAAGAUUUAAACGGGGCGACGCGGCACCACUCCCAGAGCUGCUUCCUGAGCACCUGCCUGGACCUGCUGGACAGCUACACACUGGUGGAGAUGCUGCUAAGGAACGAGAUCCCCACCGUCUAUCUGAAGUACACCGUGAUCUCGGUGUACUUCGUGGCCCUGGCAGUGCCGGUGAUCUGGCUCUACGAGCUGACGGCGUCGGAGCUGCGCUGCCGGUGGCUGUGGGCCCGCUUCUCCACGGGCCUGGUGGUCAACGCGCCCCUGCUGGUGGUCAGGUGUUUCCAGGUCUUUGUGUACAAGAUGCCGGUGUCGGUGUUCAUGUUCAAAAACAUCUUCUUCUUGGUGUGCAAGUUCCUGGAGCUGGUGGAGCAGUGUGUCGCGGUGCGGGGGGUGCGGAGGCUGGCCGGCGGCAACAACCCGGCCCAGUUCUCCCACUGCGUAUCCGAGAACGACAUGUGUCCGCACGGAUACGUCAACACCCUGGCCGUCACCCAGUCCUAGAGCCCGGCUGAGGGCCGGCUCCGCGGUGAUGGCGGGGAAAGGAGGAGUCGUGCUGCGCUCCAGACACGGCUGGAAAUUGGAAAAUCCCACUUAGGUCCGAAUUCCAACCCCAGCCUCUGCUUCCAGAUAGUGGCUUUGAGUGAGGACUUGAAAAGCAGGCCAACACUCCAAACCUACUGUACGGUAUUUAGGCAACAAAACAGUGUAUGGAAAAGUCAUUUACUUGGUGCAAUCAUAUUACAAAGUAAAUUAACAUUUAAAGGAAAAACUAAUUAUUCAAAUAGGCUACAUUUCACCCAAAUUGCAAAAAUACAUGUUUUCUCAAUUACCUCUAGUGGUGAGCUGAGAUUACUGCCUCCACCUCAAUACACUAACCUGAGCAGGCCCCAGGGGACAGGGACUGCUGAGCCCCCUGUGUCCCCCACCUGAGUUACAUUGAUUAAACACUCAUUUAUUUGAGGAUGUGAACCGUGUAAGCAUAAUAUCAACUAAGAUAAUAACAACAUUAAAACUAGAUUUUAAAACUGGACCUCUAUAAAAGAGGGGUCUUAUACAAAAAAUAAAUAAAUUACAUUUUAAAAAUUCAGCUGCAACAUGUCUUUCCACAAACAGUGUCUCUGUCACUCUGGAUAAUUCACAGAACACACUGAAGGUAGCUUUCAUUGGAAUUGCUUUAUAACAAAGAAAUAGUUCCUAUUCAAUUCAAUUUUUUUUAUAUCGCGCCAAUUCACAACAGAAGUUAUCUCAUUGCGCUUUUCCAAUAGAGCAGGUCUAGACCGAACUCUAUAGGACAAGUGCAAUGAGAUAACUUCUAUAAAAACUGUCUUGUGUUCUUUGGAUUGCCCUGAGUAAAGCUUUGGAAAUUUUAAAAUGUUGUGAGCACAAACUGAAUUAUAUCCACCUCCAUUGUAUAGGGGUGAAGGCAGAAAUCUCAGAGAUAAAUAUAUAAACAAUUUGACAAAUUCUAAUGAAAAUAUCUGCAGGGUUAGAUUCCACUAGAAUGACAAUAUCAGCAAACCCACAUUAUUAAAUAGUCUAUGUAAUGAUGAGAGCAACCCAAAGAGACUUAACAGUUAUAAUUUGCUUAUUGGGGGCCCCUUGGUGUCUGUGGGCACCAAGGCAGCUGCUUAGUAGUUUGGUUGUAUCAAGGACUUGCCAGUACAAACUCCUUCACUGAUUAACAACCAGUUUUCUACAUGUUGUAAAGUUGCAAAUGUGUCCCUUACACAGAUUUUAAAAAGAAGGAGCAGAACCUCAGAAAGCAUCUACUCUCUCUUUGGUUUUUCAGCCUAGGUAAAAUUGAGCUGUGGGCCGCUAGCAAGUAGUUACAGUCCUGUAUUGCAUUUUGACACAGGACCCAUCUAUAAGACAAGGCCCCAUGACUGGAAAAAAAAUGCAGCAGCCACCUUAGGGCCCUUGGUGCAUAUUACCGAACAACUUUGUAAUGAAUCAAAUUACCACAAAGUGAUUGCGACAUACAACUUGAGGCCUUCGGGGCCCCUGAGGGUCUGGGCCUCUGGGGCAGUUGCCCGCUUGGUAAUCCAGCCGUGACCAGUUAUGGUGGAUAUAACAUCAUGUGAUACAAAAAAAAGGCCUUAUAGAUUCAAUAUUAUAGGCUAAAAACAUUUUCACAGGUGUUUACAGCACGUUGCUACAUUGGAGCAGCGUCAGAUAACUGCAUCUGAAACCUUGGAGCUGACUAAUCUUUCUGAGCUUUCAACUUGGAAUUCUGACUUUUGGGGCCAAUUACAUUUUACAUAACAGGAGAAUAGAUUUUCCAAUUUUUGGACAUGUCUGGAACGCCUUACAAUGAUCCCUUUUCAGACCAGUCUAUUGCAGGUGUUGGGUUUGACUGUAGCACCUGCAGCCUACAAACGGAAAACAAACCGCAGUGCACUGACCUUGUCGAGUUGUGUUCAGUCUGUGAGUUUCACCGCUGCACUUGAAUUGAAUACAGAGAGACACAUAAAGUGCAAUUUGAAGAAUCCUCUGGUUUGACUCUCCAGGGCUCCACCCAUUUAGUGUUUUCUAUUGAUGACAGUGUUGUCCGUGGGUCCGUGCUAGUUCUAAAUGCUGUGUCUGGUACUGAGAGUAGCAUAGACAUGUUUGUGUAAGUUAAUGCCAUGCAUAAAGAUCCAACAGUGCCAUUACAGGUUGACAGGUUUUCUACAGCCCUUUUCAAAUGGACCCUUGGCCAACAAGAGUUUCUGUUAGUAUCACUGGCUGUGCUACUGUUUUACUACUUCUGUCACUUUUUGGAUCAUGAGUCCUAAAAGAUCACUGGCUACCGACAUAUGUCAUUUUAAGCGCUGUAGUUCUCUGGGUCACCUAAGAGCCCAGCUCUCAAUUUCUCCAAAAAACACCCAUUUAUUCACUCAUAGGCCUACAAUAUUUCUACUUUGCUAAAAGGUCAUGCCAAGCAUACAAAAACGC